GGCCAGGCGGGGGGCAGGGGGUGUCCAAGGGCCUGGCGCGCGCCCCACAAUGGCCGCUUGCGCUGCGGGGGCUCCUCCGAUCCAGCCGCAGGGAAAUAGGGGCCCGUCGCCCAGAGCCCUCCCCAGAGCUGCAGCUCCCGCCCCCGCCAAUCUCGCCCCGGCCCCCGGCGCUGACGUUUGCGUCUGGAACUUUCCGGCCGGGAACAAAGGCCCCAGGGCGGAAACGAGGCCCAGAGGCUGGAGGACGGUGUUUGGAGGUGAAGGCUGCUAAACCUCUACCCCGGGCUCCAGAGGGGUGUGGAAGGGACGGACUGCUUAUGAAAAAUCUGGGUGAGGACUGAGCUUGAUCUUCGGCAGGAAGAAAGAUGUCAGAUGAAGAUGAUCUGGAUGACUUUGACCCAGAUCAGGAUGAUCUUGAAAGAGAAGAUGAUGAGAAGGAUACAGAGGAUUGGGAGGACUACAGGAAAGAGGGGGACGAAUACUCUGAGGAAUGGAUGCCCACCCCGCUUACGGAGGACAUGGCGAAGGAAGGGCUUUCUUUGCUCUGUAAGACGGGCAAUGGACUGGCUCACGCUUAUGUGAAGCUGGAGGUUAAAGAGAGGGACCUGACAGACAUCUCCUUGCUGCGCUCCUACAUCCAUCUGCGCUAUGUGGAUGUUUCUGAGAACCACCUGACAGACCUGUCGCCACUCAAUCACCUCACCCACCUGCUCUGGCUCAAGGCUGAUGCCAACCGGCUGCGGAGUGCCCGGUUGAGUGAACUGCCCUACCUGCAGAUUGCCAGUUUUGCCUAUAACCAGAUCACUGACACUGAGGGCAUCUCUCAUCCUCGUCUGGGAAGCCUGGAUCUCAAAGGGAACCGUAUCCGUCUUGUGACAGGUCUUGACCCCCAAAAUCUGAUCAGCCUGCACACACUGGAGCUUCGGGGGAACCAGCUGGAAAGUACCCUGGGAAUCAACCUCCCUAAGCUGAAGAACCUCUACCUGGCCCAGAACUUGCUGAAGAAAGUGGAAGGCUUGGAGAACCUAAGCAAUCUCACCACUUUGCAUCUUCGAGACAACCAUAUUGAAACUCUGAAUGGCUUCUCCGGGGAAAUGAAAUCACUGCAGUACCUCAACCUGAGGGGCAACAUGGUGGCCGACCUGGGGGAGCUGGCCAAGCUUCGGGACCUGCCCAAGCUACGAGCCUUGGUGCUGUUGGACAACCCGUGCGCAGAUGAAACCGACUACCGCCAGGAGGCCCUGGUGCAGAUGGCACACCUUGAACGCCUGGACAAGGACUUCUAUGAGGAAGAGGAGCGGGUUGAGGCCAAUGAGAUCCGUCAGAGGCUGAAGGAGGACCAGGAGCAGGAGGUUGAUCCUGAGCAUGAUAUGGAAUCAGACCACCCAUCCAGCCUCUGACGUACCAGCAGUUCUUCUAGCUUCCAAAGAUAGAGAUCAAAGAUGCUGCCCCCGAAACCUGACCAGCUCCAGUGAGGGGCCAUCGCACUCAGACCUCGUGGGGUGGAGACAGAGGAUGUCUCUUUCAGCCCCAGAUCUAGAAACUCAUCACAGCCUAAGGCCCAGGCUUUGUGCCAGUCUAGGCAGGGGACAGUCCUCAGCUACGGAGGUGUGGUGGGAACCAGGCCCUUGUGCCCCACAGGAGUGCAGGUAGGGCAGGCUGGGGUGUUAGGAACAGUUCAGUUUUCUAAUAAAGAGACAUUUUAAUA